UCUGAACUGCACGUGGACUGUGGACACUAGAAUAGAGACCAUAAUUUAAUACCGAAAAUGUUAUCAAAUACAGAAAGUUCAAGUAAAAAUAAAAAAAUUAUAUUUGGAGAUGACGGUGAAGUAUUAUCUGAGAAGCAAAUCAAAGAUAAAAAACGUAAAUUCAAUAAAAUUUCUAAUAAUCCAAAAGAUACUGAAAAUGAUAUUGGUAAAAAAUGGUAUGAAGUUUAUCCAGAGUAUAAUAUAUGUGAAGAAGUAAUAGAAAUAAAGGAUUCUGAACAGAAAUCUUUAGAGGAAUUGUGUAAAAAUGCUUAUGAAGAAGAAUUACCACAUUUACUUAAAAAUAACCCGCCUGAUGCUCGAUGGUUAGAAACAGCUUUACAUAAAGGAACAUCAAAAGAUAGAAGUAAUGCCGGGGCCCUUUUAUUAACAACAAAUCCGGUUGCAAAUAUUCCUAUACUUGAAACAGUAAUUGGAUUUGCAAAAUUAUCUAAUAAAUGUAGUCCUGAUGUGAUUGUAAUAUUAACUGAAUUAUUUAUGGAAGCUCUUAUUCCAUCAAAUAGAAAAUUAAUUUCAUUUCAAUUACGGGGCGCUAGUUGGAAAUUUUUGAAAAAACAAGAAAAUAUGAAUAAGAGUAUAAAAAAUAAAAUUUACGCGUAUUGGCAUUUUGAAAACAGAUUAAAAGAAUUAUAUUUCGAGUAUUUAAAAAAUUUACAAAGUUGUCUACAAUCUGGCCAAGAAAAUAAUAAAAAUUCAGCUAUUAUCUCUGCUUCAAAGUUAUUAGCAUAUGCCCCAGAAAAAGAACAAAUGAUUCUUUCAAUGCUUGUAAAUAAAUUAGGGGAUCCUUCAAGUAAAGUAGCGGCUAAAGCUUUACAUCAUUUAACAGAAGUUGGCCGUAAACAUCCCAAUAUGUGUGGUGUUAUAACUAGAGAAGCUGAAAAGUUAUUAUUUCGUAAUAAUAUAUCUGAAAAAGCUCAACAUUUUACUUUAUGUUUUAUGGAACAAGUUUUACCGCCGGGACAUUCUGAUGUUAGUACUAAAAUUGUUCAUAUUUGCUUUUCAUUAUUCAAAGUACUAGUUAAAAAAGGAGCUGUUAAUAAUAAGACGAUGCAGGCAAUACUUCGUUGCUUACAAAAAUCAAUAAUUGAUGCAAAACCAAUUAAAGGUGAAGAUCAAAUUUUAUCAAAGGAAAUGCAAGAUACAAUUUAUCGUUUAGUACAUUUAGCUGAUAUAAAAAUUUCCAUUCAAACUUUAAGCUUACUUCUCGAAAUGAUUUCAUUAAAGAGCGAAAAACCAGAUCGAUUUUACAACGCGUUGUAUUUGAAAUUAAGUGAUUUGGAUUUAAUAAAAGUUGGAAAUACAACAGCUGCGUUAUUUUUGCAAAUUGUCCAUAAAAGUAUGCACAUAGAUAGAAAUAUACCAAGAGUAAAAGCUUUUACAAAGCGUUUAUUGCAAAUUUCAUUUUAUUUACCAGCAAGUUUUGCAUGUGGAUGUUUGAUUGUAAUUAAUAAAGUAAUAAAAAUUCGAAAGGAUAUUCAAUGGGAACAGAUUGCUGAGGACUCUGGUACAGAUAAUAAACCAAAAGAUUUAUCUAGAUUUGAUGGCGAUAUAGAUGAAAAUUAUAAAGACGUUGAAAAUUCUGAUGAAGAAAGAGAUAAAGAAUCGAUCAAGAACAGAAGUCCAGGAGAAUUUUCUUCAUGGCAUCAUGUAAAAGUGGAAUCUGAAACAAAUAAUAAAAGUCAGGAAAUAUCAAAAUCUUGUUAUGACGCGUUUCAUAGAAUUCCAGCUUAUUGUGGUGCUGAAUUUAUUAAAAAUUGGGCAUUAAUACAAUUACAAGAACACUAUCAUCCCUCAUUAAAACUUUUUGCCCAAAACAUUAUUGAACAGAAAAAUAUUUCAUAUUAUGGUGAUCCUUUAAGAGAUUUUGGAUUACCUUAUUUCCUGGAGAGAUUUUGUUUUAAAAACCCUAAAAAACAUAAUGAAAAUGAAGCUGCUAAUGAAGACGACAUUUCAAAAAAAUAUCAUAAACAUUAUACGCCAUAUGGUGGGCGUAGCUUAAGUGUUAAAAGUUUAACAAAACAAAACUGCACAGAAGAUGAACUUUUCAUAUUUAAUUACUUGGAAAAAAAACGUGAACUUCAAGAUCAAAAUGCGAAAUACUAUCAGAAAACUGAUGUAGGAGAUGUUGAUGAUGAUGAAUUUGAGGAAUAUCUUGACGGUCUUGUAAAGCAAACUAAAAAAAAUGUAGAUAAUGUUGAGGAUGAUGAAGACUUUGAAGUUGAUUAUAUGAAAGAAUUAGGUGAAAAUUUGACGACCACUGAAAAAACUAAAAAAUCUAAAAAAUCAAAAAAACUUGACGAAUCAGAUGAUGAGCUCAUGGAUGAUUGGGGAGAUGAUGAAGAUAUUUCAGAUAAUUUUGAUUCUGACAAUGAAAUGGAAAACGGACAAGAUGAUAUAGGCAGCGGAAGUGAUGAAUAUCAUUCUGAUGAUAAUGAUAUUGAUAUAGAAUCAGAUGAUGAGGAAGGUGAUACUGAUAUAGAAUCAGAUGAGGAGGCAGGUGAUACUGAUAUAGAAUCAGAUGAUGAAGAUUUUCAACCUAAAAAAAAGAAAACUAAAUUUGAUGUAGGAUUCAAAGAUUUUAAAGCGGCACUAAAAGAAAAGACAGACAUGAAAUCGCUUUUUGCUGCUGUAGAUGAUUUCGCUGAUAUUUUAGAUGAAGCUGGCAAAACUAAAGACCAUGGAACAAGUAAACAAAUUUUAAAUAAAGAUAAAGCUUCUGAUAAACAAUUGAAAUGGGAAGAAAAACGAAGAUCUAAUUAUAAGGGCAGUAAAAAUUGGAAAAAAGUUAAAUCAAAUAAAAAUAACAAUAAUAAAAAUUUUAAAAAGAAAAAUGUUUAUAAAGGUAAAAUGAAAAAGGGAUUGAAAAGAAACUAAUAAUUGAAUAAUAUUAUGUAAUAUUAUAAAAAUUAUGACUAAUAAAUAAAUUAAUUUUAUUAA